GGAAGAAGCACACUUCUUCCAUUCCGACUUCUCUCCUUAACCCAACGGUCCCGUCGUCAUUUUUUGCUCUGCUUGGAGCUGCUCGACUUCUCUCCUCGAGGUUUUGGGCAACACUUUCUUUUCUGGUUUAUUCUAAGCUACGGUACUAGUACAUGCAAGAAAAAUGAGGCUACCAACAACGGUAUCAUCAACAACAAAAGCAAGACUAUCCAGUACUCGCCAAUGCCGCAUUCGGUAUGGAUUGGUGGCAAGUCUGGCGACGAUUGCAGCUCUUGGUGCCGUUUUGACCUCGUACGAAGAAGAUAUUCAUUUGAUCAGUCGACAAGCUGCCGCCAUUUUACCUCCGACCGCGGCAUUGUUCGGGGAUGACAGCCUCCAAGACUGUCCUCAAUAUGGAACCACCAUUCUGUCAUCUACUGCUUCAGACAAUGACAAGUUGGUGAUUGACAAAAAAGCCAUCAGGGCACAAUCCAAGGACAAACUGAAUCAACUCAAGCAAUUCACGUUGCCCGAUUAUGAACAGUACAUGAUGGCUCCUCCAGGAAAAGAGCACUACACACUCUGGCACUAUCUUACUCAAACCUAUCACAAGGAUUGUCGACAUGUGGUGGAUAUUGGAACAAGAUAUGCAGCCUCAGCAUUGGCGCUGGGUGCUGCUGGAGCAAAGGUCCGAACUUUUGACAUUCCAACUAGCAAAGAACGGUCCCUUGCCUUUCGACAGAAGUCGGAACAAGAGUGGCAACAACAGCUACAAGAACAACAUGCAGUGAAUAUUGAAUUCUACAAUCUUGACCUAUUGCAAAUAUCUGAUGAAGAGUUCUCCCAACACAUGGCAACGUGGCUCAUUGUAUUGGAUACAUUCCACCAACCUUACACAGUACCCUUUGAAAGGGAGUUUCUGAAGCGGCUUGUAAAUUCACUCACACCUUACAAGGGCCUUGUACUGUUGGAUGAUAUCAAUCUUAAUGAUGAAAUGAGACAAUGGUGGAAGGAAGUCAAGGACAAUGCUGACCUGUGGGGAUUCCGUGCUUAUGACUUGACAUCUGUAGGACAUGUCUCCGGUACCGGUCUCUUGGACUUUUCAGGCAAAGUAGUCAUUGUAGAAUAAUAAAAUGGAAGGAAACAAGGAAUGGAUGUUG